UAAACCGCAAUCGAUUCCCGGUUCAGUACGAAUAGUAUAUGACUGUGAAGUAUGUCGGCGGAUCCCUCGGAGUCUCGUGGCAGCGAGAAUACACCCUCGCUCGGUAAGAGACCCGCGGAAAAGCCGCCCUUCAAGCUGUGCUUUCCGAAGCCUCAGAUGCCCGGAAGGUCCGAGGUUCUGGUGUCGAAGGUUGAUGCCAAUUUUGUUACCCCGAAAUUUUGGAACAAGGAGACGUUGCCGGAAGUUGAGGGCGAGGUGGAGGAUCGAGUGGCCGAAGCCGUGAGGGAGAGGAUGGCGCGAGAGAGGCGGGGGCCUAGAGAUCUCUAUCGAUUUCCGGUUUUGAGUAGUCAGAGCUAUGGUUGGUGGUACGACGAAACGUUCGGGUCCACCGAUCCCCGAUUCAAUUUUCAUAGGCAUACAUCGGACAUGGUGGAGGCCAAUCUAAUGAUCCAGUAUGAAGACAAGAAAUUACGUGGACUGUGUCAUUGAUAAAUUACGUAUCCGACAAAAGUUUCCGACUGCCACUGUUUUCAGAGAGCAGUCGGAUGUCAUUCUACACUAAUUUUAAUAACCACUACAUGUCUUGUUGUUCAA